AAAAGGGAAAGCCAUGCAGAUUUAACAUAUAGACAAGGUGUUAUGGGCCUUAGCCCAUUAGCUAUGUCAUUAUGGCUAGGUUAGCUGCGGCCACUGUUCACGUGCGGUUACUGUAGCGCGUGAACAGUGCCGGACAGAUAGGGUUUGUUAUGUUGCUUAGCUAUUAAGUUAGGGUUACCUAUCUAUAUAAGGAGGGGCAGGGUGUUAGUAGAGGGAGGAAGAAGAAUAGAUCUGGUUUACUCCUAGGGCCUCCUACGGGAGGGCUGAGUACCGGGACUAUCUUGCGAGUGCAUCGCAGUUCACAACAAAUUGGUACCGGAGCCACUACGCGCGCAUCGCCACCAUGGCCGGCGCGCACGACGAUCUUGUGACCUACUCCGCCAAGAUGGACCUCAUCCUCGAGCAACUUGCCGCCAUCAAUGCCCGUUUGGAUUCCCACGACGCUCGUCUGGCCAAGCUAGAGCAGGCGUGGGUCAGCCCCUCUGCUUCUACCGCGGGCUGCCUGGGCGCGAGCGAGGGCGGCCUGGGCACGGGAGGAGGCGGCCGAGUCGAGGACGAUGGGGUCAAUGGGCUGCAACCCAACACACCCAGGGAGGUGGAGGCGGCGUUCUACGUUGAGGUGGCUGUGCCACUGCUGCAGCCCGCCUCCGUGCUCAUGGAGGUCCAGGCGUGGCCCGACUAUGGCUGCGCACGGAUCUGCUCGCCCAAUCUGCAACAAUCGGCCGCCAUGGUGGCCCAACCUGUAGAGGCGCUGCUGCGGGAUAACCCUCCACGCCACAACUACCAAUCCUCCGCGCCGUGGCCAUCAAUCUUCUGCACCACGGACAGCCAUCUGCUGCGUCGUCGCAGCUGUGGUCGACGUCAGCCACCUUGGCCACCGCCGCGGCGUGGUCACUUGAGCUACAACACCGGAGGGUGCCACCGACCUUCGCUAGGCGCAGGGAGCCCUCUGCGCCACCGCAGCCACGUCCGUCAUCAGUCGAUCUGGCCGCCGACACGUCCUCCUUCGAUAGAUCCGACCACUGACGUGGUUCAUUUUUUUUCUAGGUGAAUAAAAUAUUAAGUCGAGAUGUAAAAGACUUAGUAUUGAGUCAUUAAGUGCUAGUUUAGUAUGGGUCAAUUCUUCUUGACUACAGCUCACGGACGAGCUGUUUUUAAGGAGAGAUGGAAUGUUAUGGGCCUUAGCCCAUUAGCUAUGUCAUUAUGGCUAGGUUAGCUGCGGCCACUGUUCACGUGCGGUUACUGUAGCGCGUGAACAGUGCCGGACAGAUAGGGUUUGUUAUGUUGCUUAGCUAUUAAGUUAGGGUUACCUAUCUAUA